CACGGUACUUAUAAUUUAUUAAUAUUAUUUUUCAACAUCAUUUUAUUUUAUAAAAUUACUGGUGGUAAAUGUAUAAUGUAUGUAUAUAGUUAAACCGAUGUGAUUAUUUAUUUAUUUUUUGUGAAUUUUAGAUAUUUUAUUUUAAGGUCGAUAAGACUAAACUUCACGUGAACAAGAACAAUACUUCAUAAAGUCAUAAUGUUAUUCUAGUGUCAGUUUAAUCAGUUUCUAAAAACCGAAUAUUAAAAUAAUAUGUGAGUACGUAAGAUUUUUUGUUUCAAUUUUAAUACCUACCCUAUAAAAUACGCUUUUUGUAUUAUGAAUUCCCUCAAAAAAACAUUGAAUAGUUUAAUAUUAUGUCGGCUUACAACAGUUUUUGUUUACAAAAAUAAUGUUAAUUAUUUAAUUCUAUUACAGGUACAUUACCUGUAACUAUUAUAUUUAUAAACUAAUAAGUAUUUAAUUAUUAAUAUUUCAAUUUUUAACUACCUACCUAUCAUUGUUUAUUGAUUUAUAGUUUCUAAAUACCUAUUCAGUAAACUUAUCUUUUACAUAUACAAUAUGCUUAGUUACCUAAUAAUAAAAUAAUAAUAAUUUAAUAUUAUACAAAUAUUUGAGCAAUUAUAUACCUACAUACCUACUUUAAAAGUAAAUGGUUUUACUUACCCACUACUUAUUUAUAUUACCUUUGCAAUUUGUUAUAGUUUCAAGGAAAAUGUAAAUACUUAAUACUAAAAAAAACUGUGAUAUUAAAAAUACAAUUGAAAAAUAUACAACAAUUGACAAUACAUUUUAAUCAUGUUCAAAUCUAAGUCAGAUGGCAGGUAAUAAGUACAUAACUAAUAUAUUAUGUGAAAUGUUCACAUAAAAUAAUUUUGUUAUUUCCAUACACCAUCAUAUUAUUAUAAGAUAACAGUCAUAAAAUGCCAUUAACCACAUAAGAUUAUAGUUUCAUAUAACUUUAUUUACAAUAUUAGUAUUAUAUUGAUAAAUUAUUAUCCAUGAUUAUAUAAAUAUGUAAAAAGCUAUUCUUUACUUAUUCAAAAUUAAAUUUAACCAAAUAUUUAAAUAAGUGUUUAAUUUAGGUCUGUAGAUAGUUAUUGAUUUUCCCUUUUGGUAUGGUUAAUAGAUAUUUACUCAAGGCUAUCAAAGUAAUUAAUGUAAUUUGCAAUUAUUAUAAUUAAAGUACUAAAUUGAUUAUUAGGUGCAUUAAUUGUAUUAAGGUUUAAAAUAUGUGCAUUCUAUAAAUCCAGUAAUUAAUAAAUCGUAUUAAUGUGAUCAACACAUGUACAUUACACAUUUACCAGACAUAAAAUAAAUAAAGAGGUUUAGGUAUCCAGUAGCAGUAUUCUGAGUGACGUGAGAAAGCUAUUACUUAUAUUAGUUUUAUAAUGAAGUGUUUUCACGGUUCUUUAUUUAUUUUUUUUUUGGCCGUUGAACAUAGGUACCUUAUGAAGUAAAUACCAAAGGCACUUAAUAAAUGAAAAAAAAAAUAAAAACACGCAAUUGCUUUAUAAAUAGUUAGGUUUUGACAUUCUCUUAAAAUGGGUUUAUUUUGAAAUUUUCAACCGAGAUAAAAAAAAUCGUGAACAUCUUGAAAAUGGCGAAAACAAUUCGCGAACAAAUCGUUUAAAUUUAAACACUAAGUUUAAUUUAUAAGCGCUUUUCAAAUGAGAACUAUCUCGUUCUUUUCUAAAAUAUCAACUUAGAAGUUGCGCAUAAAGUGAGACAAGUGUGUCUUAACAUUUUUAUUUAUCCAUAUUGUCAGUGACGUAGUCAGGAUUUUUUUUUUAGGGGGUUGUUUUUAUUUUGUCUUUAGAUGUAUCAUUGUGCAAAUAUGGCAUUACAUACAUAACAUAUACCUACUUAAUAAUAAUUAUCAAUACAUAAGUAUACAACACAUUUUGUAGAAAUCUGAUGCUUAAAAGCGUAUAGUAAAAAUUAUAAUUUUUGGCAUAAAUACGGCUAAAGGGGGGGGGGAAUGUGAACACCAAAACACUACCCCCGCCCCUCUCGCCACGUCAUUGUAUAUUGCAUAUUAUUAAUACUUUCAGAUUGCUAAAACUUUGUUUACUUCUUUAUCACUGUAUAAAUUAGAAUUUAAACGUCUUUAAAAGAAGUAGUUUUCAGUUUAACUUUGAGUUUAAAAACCGCAGUUGAGAAAAAUUGCGGUAAAGGCAUAAACUCGCGUUUCUAGACGGUCGAGAUUUACUUACUUGCAAAUACUGUCUAUUUUAGUGGCAUAUCAUAAAUUUGGUGUAUUCGUAUUUUCGGUAACGUUGAACAUUUUUUUUGAUUUUCAGAUUUGUAUAUAUUUGAUAUACAAUUCAAAUUAAAUUUGAAGGAUGCAACUAUAAUAUAAGGUAAUUAUAUUAAUUUUUUUUGUAUUUAGUUGAUUAGUUGUAUAUAUUACAUACAAAAACCGGUUCUAAGAAAUUGUUUUUUUUUAAUGAACGUCACCAAAAAUUACAAUAUGUAUUGCGGAGAAUGUGUUUUGACAAAUAAUGAUUACUUCUAUCCCUAACCUAACUAUUAUAUUAUAUUGAAAAUUAUAUAAAUGUUAAUUUAAGUUGUGAUCAACACAAGGUCUUGUGCAAUGAAUAUAUGCACGUAUAAUAUUAUGUUACUAAAUUCCGAGCAGAACGGAGUCAUUAUAAUUAAAAACGUAUAAAAAUGUAGAAACUCACGUUUUUCGGAAAACAUUUUUUGGUCAGUAAACAUAUUCUAAAAGUUUCGUACGUUAAUUCCGAAACGAGGAAUUAUGAGACGCGGUACUUUAAACGAAUCAUUAAUUUCCUGAAUAGUUUGACUUCCAACAAGAAAAUGUCGAAAAUCUAUUGACAAAUUAGGGAAAUAACCUUAUAAUCGUUAUGAUUGUAAUUCUAAGUUAAUGCAGUAGGAUUCGCCGUAUAUUUUGUCUCGCAGAAUUUUGUCGAUUAGUACGAAGCGAGAACAAAUCACCAAUUUCAAGUGCCUUUUUAGAUUCUGGAAGGAGCAAAUAAUGUAUAUCUGUUUUACAAUGAUGCUUUUUAAAAUCUUCUGUUAACAACUUAUCUUCCAGAAAUUUUGCUCUGAUUUUCAAGCGUAGCAUUUUCACUGAAAAGACAUAUUCGUGAGGUGAUACUUUGGAGAGAUAAUUUGUUAAUUUUUUCAGGUGUUUUCAUAAUAAAUAGGAAAAACAGGAACAUUUAUGAAGUGUAUUAUUUUCAAAUCUUAAAUUUGACGGCCUUUCAAAACAUGUAAAACCGAACUCCGCUCAGAAUAGUUUCUCGUUAGUAAUAAUUAAUCGUUCCGUACAGAUAUAUAUAUUAAAUUUCCCCUCUACCUUACCAACUUCUCACCAACAACAGUGACCUACCAACCAUCGUGCAAAGUAUGCCCGUUACUUUUUUUUUUUUUUUUAAUUCAUACUUUUUUAUAAUAAUAAACAUAUAAAUAAUAAUUACAACAAUACCUAGAAAUUAAGACAGUUUUUACGACAAUAUAAAGCGCCUAAUCUUAGAUUUCUUUUAUCUAUUUUUUUUUUUUUUUUAUACUAAGCACGUAAAUUAUGUAAAAUAUAAUAAUGCUUUGAAACAUUAAUCUUGUGGAAAUAUUAUACAUGUUUUAAACAAUUAAACACUGUAAAUAUUUCAAUCAAAUUCCCAAUUCGAGUUUUAUUAAGUAAAUAAAUAUGAUUUUUACAUUUCUUUGAUAGAAUUAAAUUCCCCCGACUAGCCCCGAUUUUAAAUAAUUACAUUUAAAAGAUGCAUCAGUAUAGAGUAUAAGCUACUUAUCACUCGAAAAAUUGGACUUAUCAUUAUUUAUAUAUUAAUUUGAAUGUAAUAUUAUUAUAGCGUUUUUUUUUUUUUUAAUGUAACAUUAAAAAUUGCCAUCAAUUAUAUACAUAUCUUUUAGAAAUUUAUCGAUCUAAAGUACUAGUGUAAUACAAAAAUGAAACAAAUUACACUUUUAAUAUACUGUCCGUGUUAUAGAUUCUAAAUGGAUUUAAGGAAUUUAUCGGUUACCAUUAUGUGUGGGAUUUUUUUUUAAAUUUGUGUACAAUUUUUUUACCAGGAAUCUCUCUAUACCUAAACUAUCCCUUUCUACACUUGUUAAAAAUUAAAACAUAUUUUGGCUAUUUAAUAUUUUAGAAUCUUUUCAGAUUUUAUUAGCUUUUAGGUUUAUAUGGAUGCUGACCCCAAAUAGUUUGAAUAGGGGAGAAAGAGAACAGAUUCCGUUAUAUAUGGAUAAUAUUAUUCUUAUCCAACAAAAGUGUUUGAAAAUUUAAUACGAAGUUCACUAUAAGUUGUACUAAUUGAUAAAAUAAUAUGAACGUGAUGUAGUAGUUCUUUAGAUUCUGAGUGGUGCGAGUUUUUAUCGGUUUUACGAUAUUUAUAAUUUUUUUUUUGUAAACAAAUUUUCUACCAGAAAUUUUGCUCAGAUUUUUAAAUGUAACACUUGUUCUGAAAGGAAAUUAGACUGGGCUGAUACUUUAAGGAUGUCAGUUUUUGGUUUAGGAUCCCAGGAGUUUUCAUAAUAAAUGGGAUAAAAUGUAAGAAAAACGGGAAAAUAACUAAAAAUUUUAUGUUCAAAUCUUAAAAAAUAUUAGUCUUUUUUUUAACCUUAUUGUUGAGGAAGAAAGUAAUUUUCUAAAAAACGUAGAAAAAACCUGAAAAUGUAUGAAAAUAAUGCUUUUAUUACUUUUAAUUUAAUUUUUUUCUUAGAAUUUAGUUUAAAGUAUGCGUAGAAACUUUAAAUUUGGACAGAAAACUUAUAUUUGUCUUUUAUAAAGUGGUCAAAUUUCCAAAACAUUUGAGCCAUUUUUAAGCUACUUAUAGACAUUUUAAUUUUGCUAGUUUUUUACGUAAUUUUUAUUUGAUAGUUAGAUAAAAUUGUCAGACCAAACUUAAAUGCUUGCAAAUUUAACAGGAAGUUUAUUAGGUUUAUUAAGUUAAGUACGACUUAAUGCUAAGUAAACGUAGUAUACUUUGAGGUAAAAAAAAAAAAAUGUGUAAUAUUGAAUUUUUUUUAGGAAUUCUAAUAUCAAAUUUUGACGAAAAUUGUAAAUAGUUCAGAAUUGUUUUUCGUUUGCAAUGAUUAAUCGUUGUGUACAGAUGUACAUUAAAUUCCCCUAUAUCCUACCCUACCAAUUUCUCACCUUCAUUAAUGGCCCACCUAUCAUGCCAUGUAUAUCCGUCUUUUUAAAAAUGAUUUUGUUCUUUAAAUGACAGCGUGAAAAAUCGAAUGUGUAUUUUAUGACCCUACAAAUUGGUAAUUAAUUGCAGAAAAAAAUCAGAAUCUUUGUAAUACGAAAAAAACAUAUUGGUAAAAAUGUAUAAUUACAUAAGUAUAAAUUUACAUAUUAGUAUAAAAUUCAAUAUACGUUUUCUUGUUUUAUUUCAAUAAAAUAUUUAGUUAUAUUACCUAGUGCUAAACUUAUAAUAACUUAUACUUAGGUAGUUAGGUAUAGUGAAAUAAUUUUGUCGUUGCGUAUUUUAAAUAAUUCAAGAUUUAUAUUGUUUAAUAUACUAUAUUACUAAGUUUACGACUGUAUUUUUAUUGUUAAAUGAAAAAGACGUUACAUAUAAAACAAUAUUAUCCUGAAUUCAUUUCGAUGUUACAGCUAUAAAGUAGGAUAUAAUAUCAAAUGUUAUUAUUGAAUUUUAAAAAUCGAUUUUAUGGGAUGAUAUAAUACUGUAUGUAAAGCUAACAAAAACAAUAAUAUUUUUAAAAUGAUGUUAUAAAAAUAAACUAUAUUUUAAACUUUAUUUUGGUAGGAAUUUUAGAAGUCUUUUAAAUUAAUUUACAAAAUCCUAAUUCUGCUAAUAGGCGUGCCACUGUUUAAAGAAGAACAUUAGAAAGAAGGAUAUGUAAUUUAAUUUGUAUCUGUACUCGACGAUAAACUAAUGUUUACUUAAAGCGAUUCCGAGCAGAGUAUUACUAGUCGUAUUUUUUCUCUUGUUACCUAUGUUAUCCAGAAAUCAACAAAGAUUAUACAAACAAAUUGCCAGUUUUUCCCAUUUAUUAAGAAAAUUACUAUUAAUAAAUGACCUCCCUAAUCUGCCAAAAAAUGCUACAAGAAAAUUAUUUUUUGAUUAGAGCAAGAUUUCUGGUAGAAAAAUUAAUACGGGCACAAAAAAUAAAAAUGAACAUAUUGUAGUAAAACAAAUAAAUCCUUCGAUUCGCUCAGAAUCUAAAAUAAUUCACCUUUAAUAUUCGAGUUUAAUUUUUUUUUUUUUGUGUUUCAUUCAUUUUUUAUUAGAAUUUAUAAUAACAAUAAUCUAACCUUAUAGUUUAUACUCGCAUAUUAUUAAAUUAUCUAAAUGUGAAAGCUACAAUAAACAUCAACUAUAUGAAUAUUUCAGUAUUUAGUCAUAAUUUUGAUUAAAAUUCGAUGUUGUGUUAAAUAUUUUGUUAAAAAAAAAAAAUGUUUUAUACAUUCAAAUCGUUCGUUCACAAUUCUUUUCGUCGAUUUUACAGUUUUCCAUUUGCGUUGAACUACAAUAUUAUAGUGCGGAAAUACCAAAAAUUACAUUGACAAAAUACGAGUACAAUCGAUUGGAUUUCUUAUCUAGUAAAAAGACUACUCGUGAAAAUAAUGCUAUAUCUACCUAUACAUACUUACUGACUAUAUACUAUCACACGAAUUAUUUAGUGAAAAAUGGGUAUUUACAUUAAACAAAAUGUUUUUCGCUCUGAAUCUAAUAAAAUGUGUGUAUCAGAAUUCCGAUAAUUUCGUAUGGAAAAAAAGAUAUCAAAAAUUUUGUUUUGAAUUCGAUUAAAUGUAUUUUUAUUUUGUACUCAGUUCGACCUAGCUAUAUAUACGAGCAAGUAUAUAAUGUAAUCGAUCUAAAUCAUAUAUGAAUUGAGAAUCCCCCUGAGACUGCAUGAAUAAAUGUGAAGGACUCAAACGUCAAUAAUAUGAAGUGUACAUAUUAGGUAUAGUAUUGGACGACUUUUAUAAAUUAUAGUCAAAUAAUAUAGUAUAGGCCUAGUACUUGGUAACUAUUUUUACCCUUAUGUUUUAUUAGGCUAUGUGUAUAUUUUUUUUUUAAAUUUCGAGCGUAGCGAAUGUUUUGGUUUUAUAAUAUGAUGAUGUGUACUUUUUGAAUCCUUUUUAUAUUUUUUCUGUCUGUAAAAAACUUAUACCAGAUAUUUUAUUUCAGUCAUAAAAUAUUUAGAAACUUUCUAGUUUUGAUCUAGUCGAUUCAUUUAGAAGGUAAUUUUUUCAUAACCUCUAAGUUUAUUGCUGGAAAAACCGACUAUUUACACAAUAACAUUUUCUACUAUUUUCGAUUUUAUUUUUUUAUUGUAAUUCAGUUAAAAAUAGAAGCCUGAGACUUACGAAAUACUUAUACUGGUCUUUUAUUCUAGACGUCGUACAAUUUUCAAAACAUUCUGGAGCUAUUUAUAGGUAUUUGACAUUUUCGAUUAUGUUAGUUUUUUUUUUUAUUAGACACAAAUUUGUUGGCUUUUCAAUUUUUUUGAAAAUAAAAUUUUCUACAUUUCAUGUGGGUUCUAACUAACCGAUUUAUAAGGAUAAAACUUGAAUACAAAUGCUCAAAAAUUUGAGAUGAAAAAACACGGACUACCUAUUGACAGUUUAUUUUGCGUUGACAAGCUGACAAAUUAAUAUUGCUAUUUUCAAUUUAAGUUUAUCAAAACCACGUUUAACCAAUUUAUUUGUUCUGAAUCUUUUUUUUGCCUCGCGUCAUAGUCGAGUAUUUGAAUAAUAUAUAAAUGUAGUUAUAAGCGGACAAAAUAUGCACAAGCUCUUCCGACGUAUAGCGGAGGGCCAAAUAUUUAGCACUGGUGUAAUAUGCGUGCGUUAAUAAUAUUGGCAGCCUGCGGAGCGCAAGCGCCGUAUACACUGGGCGAAAUGGACGGGGAAAAAAAAAAAGUCAUCGAGCUUUGCUAUCGUCGUUAGUUGUGCGCUAGUGUCACCGGAAGUCGCGUACGUACGAGACGCACAAAGGCGUUCAUUUUAGGUAAAAAUUAUACGAAAUUGCUUAUUAAAAACUAUAUUUAUAUAUGUCAUAUAAUAUAAGUAAUGAAAAACUAUAUUAUUAUAUUCUCGACAUUUUGCUUUUUAUAUGAAACGCGGGUUGAUUUUAUACAUAUCAGCGCUUAAAUAAUUUCAAAAUUAUCGAAAGCUUUUGUUGGUUUUCGCCGUAAAUGACAGUUUUAAUAUUUUAUUAUAAUAAUAUAUUAAUAUAUAUAUAUAUAGGUACUUAUUGUUGAUUUUCUUCUUGUAUUUUGCUUUCAGGCGUGAAAUUAUAAGUACACGUGAAUCGAAAGUUGACAACCAAAAAUGGCGUUCGCUGGCCUCAAAAAGCAAAUCAACAAAGCCAAUCAGGUGAAUAUUAAAUUAUUUUAUAUCAUCUCAUGUUAGUUAUAUGUUUUUAUAUUAAGUAUAAAAUAAUUUUAAAUAAUUCUAGUUAAUUUUUAAGAGAGUAAACGUGAAUUACGAUUUAAUAGUAUACUAUUGUAGGUUUAUAUUAUAUAUAUAUAUUAUGUAUAUAUAUAUAUAUUUUUAAAAAAAUAAUUUUAUUUAAGUAAGGGUAUAUAAGUAAUAUUAAAUACCCAUAUCCAUUAAUAGGUGUAAGAUUUAUUUCUUAUUUCAUAUCUGUACAUUGGUAUACUUAUUAUAGUAUGUAUAUUUAUUGACGGCGCUUUAUAUAUGCAAUAUUAGUGCCUAUAUUUUUCUUCUGUGAAUUAGGUGUUCUUGUUAUUAUAAAGAAAACAUUUUUUUCGUUUUUCUUAUUCGGCAGCCGAAAUUUAAAAUUUCGAUAGUGCAUUUAUCUUUCGGCGACGCCCUUCUGUAUACGAUGCAUAUAUCCAUUGUUUCGUGUUUUAAAACGCUCGGCGCGUUUUAAUUGUUUGUUUGUUAAAGAAAAACGUUUUUUCCUACAUUAAUAUUAAUCAAAUAAAUGUCCUAAUAUCUUAUAAACUAAUUUUACAAUACGUGUUCAUAAAACUAAAUAAUAAUAAAUAAAAAAUGAAUCUAUUCGUAUAGUAAUUAUGUUUCUAAAUUUACUUACAAUAUCAUUUUAAUGUAAGCCAACGUUGUAAUUUUAAAAUAAUUUUUCUCCGCAAAAAAAUAUAAUUACAGUGGUGAAACCUUAUGCAAAUAACAACUUUUGGUUGAUCUUGUUACAAUAUUUUGUAACCUCAUAAUAUAAGAUUCUAUACAAUUUCAUUUUAUUAAAUUCGCCCCUAUGCGUAGAAUAAAUAUGUUAUUUAUUUUUUGUUUUUUGUAUUUGUAUUUGUACACGUACAAAUUUAAAAAUUAAUAAUAUUAUUAUUUUAAAACGUAAAUGUACCUGCAGUUGGUUAAAAUUAAUUGCCUAAACGAAAAAGUAUAUUUUCGUGUAAUGUAAAUAUAAAUUUUAACAAAAAUAUUAUAAUAACGGUAUACGACGUUAGUAAAUAAAUUGAAUGAGUUAAUAAUUAACGUUCCUUUUUUUGUCCAUUCAAAAAGUAAUAUUUUAUUAAUUGGUGUUGUAUUAUAAUGUGUUUAUAUUUUUUGCGUUACUUUAGUAACAACAAACACUGCUGAAAAUCAUUUACAAUAAUAAAUAAUAAUAUUUCAAGGGAAAAUUACUUAUAUAUGUAUAUUUUUUUACAUUUGUCACGGUGUAUGUGUUUUUUCUUAAAACUAUUUUUUUUUUAAAAUUUGUAUUAUUAUUUAUUUGGACGAAAAGGAGGAAAAGUUAAAAACGAGGCCAAGGGAGUGUUGUUGUGUGUCGGUGUGUGUGUGUGUAUAUGUGUGUAGUGUAUGCACAAGAGCGUUGUGGUGUGCGUAGGGGUUGGGAGUCGAGAGCAUUUUAUUGAUUAACAAAGCUCUCUGUGUACACCCGCCGGAGUCGGUGUGGAAGCGGUGUAGUAGUUCUGACGAUAUCGACGGGGGCUGUAGUGAGGGAUGGCGUUGCGGCAACGGGAGUGACGACGGCCACGGUGGUCGUACGGGGUUGGUUGUGCGAUUCUUAUCUCCUUCGUCGGUAUUCAUAUUCCUAUACCUAUAAUAUUAUUACUAUCCAUUCGCCACUCUGUUUUAAAUAAUAAGAACGAUCGGAUUAUUAUUAUUUAAAGUAAUAAAUACCACGAGAAAAAUAAGCGUAUAAGUAGGAAUAAUAUAAUAUUUUGAUUAAAUCGAAAAACUAAACCUUAAACAAAAAAAUACAAUUUCUGGUUAUACAGCUAACUAUAAUUAUAUUAAUUUAUUUUGUUUAUACAUCCAAGUACGAUGUUAACGCUUUUCACAAUUACUAAUUUAGAAAUGAGUUUUAAGUUAUAAUAUAAUGCAAUUUUACAAAUUUUAUAAUAAUAUAAACAUAUGAGAUGUACUUGUUAUACUAGAUUAGGUUGGAUUAGGUUAAACGUGUUUUAAACAUUUAGAAAAAUAUAAUUUUUUAUUUUCUGAAAUAAGUGAGGUAUGUGUUAGUAUUACCUACUAUGAUGUUUUCUUUUUGUGUCUUUUUUACCAAAAUCUGAUUCCAAUCAAAAACUUCAAAGGAACUUUUUUGUAAAAUUGUUGAUCUAGUUGCAGAUAUAUAUAAUUUAAAUAAUUCUAUGUAUCCUAUACCGUCUCAACUUCCCAUAUAUAACAGUGGCACAUCUAUCAGUAGUCCAUCACCUCUUCUUCUUUUUUUUCUUUUUUUUUUUUAUAUAUAAAAUUAUUUAUUUCAAUAGUUUUAACUUCAGACAAUUAGAUAUUAAUAAUAUUGUUAUUAUAAAAACUAAAAAAUCUUGUUAGAAAUCAUCUUUAACGUGGAUGAUGAUUAGAGCAAGUCUUCCCUAAUCGAAAACUCGUUUAUGAACAGAUAAAAAAGCAUAUGUUAUAGUAAAAGUAAUAGUAAAAAAUCCAUUGUUAAUGAAAAACGAUUCUGACUGGAAUUCAGUUAAUAGUGUUGGUUUCAAACUUUCAUAAAAAAAACUCUUAUAAAAAAAUAUUUCUACAUUAUACUCAAUAUUUUUUUUUACCUCAAAGUAAAAAUUAUAACGAUUCUCCUAUUAAAUUGUCUAGCAUUUCUGUUCGGUCGAACAAUUUUAUCCACAGAGUACCUACCGAACACAAAUUAUGUAAAAAAGACCUCGUAAAAUUAAAAUAUCUAUAAGUAGUUCAAAAUAGGUUACACUGUUUUAAGAAUUUCACCAUGUAUUUAAAAGGCUAAAAUAAAGUCACAAAUUUCAAGUCACUAUGAAUAUUUAAAACUGAAUUACAAAACAAAAAAAUUAAAUUAUAAAAGCAUUAUUAUUUUCGUACAUUUCACUACGUUUUUUCAUGUUUUCGCCCAUUUAUUAUGAAAGCUCCCUGGGAAAAUUAAAAAAUGAUCUCCAUAAAGUAUCACCCCAAGAAUUUCCCCAUUUAUUUCAGAAAAAGUAUUACACUUGAAAAUCGCUAGAAAAUUUCUUAAAAAAAAGUUGUUCACAGGAAAAAAAGGUUGUAAUAUUUAUGAUUUUCAAAUUAUACCUUUCGUACAUUUUUUUCUAUGUUUUUUCCGAUUUUUAUUGGGAAAACUCCUAGGAAAAUCAAAAAAAUGACUUCCUUAAGAUACCACUCCAAGAAAAUUCCUUUUUAGAAAAGGUGCUAUACACUUGAUAUUUCGGAGCAAGAUAUCUGGUAGAAUUUUUGUACAUAGUGUAAAAAAAAAAAAAAAAAAAACAGCAUUGUGUAAAAUCAAUACAUUCCUUUUCUGCUCAGAAUUAAAAUAAGUAUGCAUUGUUCACUUUAAUUAGAUUCUAAAAAAAUGUGAAUUUUCAUUCAUAAGUAGUGUAUCACACAGUAUCAUAUAAUACAUGGAAAUAUAACUUAUGCACAGUUCAGUGAUGGUACGAGGUUUAUUCUACAUGGGGUUUGAAGUGAUCUGUAGGUGUAAGAUAAAACUAAAUAUGAAUCAAAUUUACUUAUGGCGAGUUAGGUUAACUAGCUCGAUUUAUUUCAUUUUCGAGUUUUUUUAUGUAUUAAUGGGUAGAUCAAAUAAUUGUUUGUGGUUUCACUGUAUAAAACGUGCUAUAAAAGUUUGUGCCGCCACUGCAGGUCUGCAGCACAGACAUUUUAGACAUUAGAGACAUUUUAUGUAGAUAUCGAUUCGAUUUUUGUAUAUUAAGUUUGGUUUUGUCUUAUUUUUUUAUUAUUAUCAUUAUUAUUUAUGAAGAUCUUUGUGUUGAGCGUGCUGAUAUAUGGAUUUGAGGCAUUAACUAUGGAGUCGUAUAAAAGAAAAAUAUUGGAAGUAGCAGAUAUGUGAAUGUGUAGGAAGAUAACUAAAACAAAAUCGGUAGAAAGAAAAAUGAUUAAACAAGUACUAUAAGAUAUGACUAAAAAAAAGAUAUUAACUGGACUCCAUAAUAAAGAGAAAGAUUAACUUAUUAAUAGAACAUGUAUGAGACAUAAUUAUUUUAUGAAGAAUAUCUUUGGAGGUAAAAUUGCAAGAAAGAGAGAACUCAAAACUGGCCAAGACAAUACUACUUCAAGAAUGUCUAUCAAAAAAUGGAUGUCAACUUCUGUAAACAAAUGAAAUGGAUGGCAUCUGAUAGAGGAGCAUGGCUGUCUCAACAAGGCGUUACCUUUAAGAAUUGGUGAUUGGUGCCUAAAUCACGAAGCAUCAUAAUUUUUAAUUUGCAGUUUUUCUAUAUUUAUUUAUUUUGCUAAUUUGAAAAUUAUAUCACCUAGUUACAGUUAAAUAAAAAAAAUGUACUUUUAUAUUUUAUCAUUUUGAUUUUACUAAGACGAGAAAUUGCAUACUACCUAUUUCAGUAUGGAUCAAAAAAAAAAAAAAAUUAUUACAUUGUUAUUAAUAUUAUACAAUUAUAUGUAGGUAAACCUUUGAAAUUAUAAUAUUAUAUAUUUUGCAAAGCGAUUAAAUUAAAUGAUUUCGUUUUACUAUAGAGACACUAGAUAAAAUAAUAGGAGUUAUAUAUUGUUAUAUAUAUAUAUUAUAUUGUCGAAAUUGGAAUGUAUAUGUUAUUAAUUCAUCGAAAAUUCGAACAAUGGUUUUAAUCUAUGUAAUUAUUUUACAGUAUAUGACUGAGAAAAUUGGCGGGGUCGAGGGAACAAAACUUGACGUGGACUUUGUGGAUAUGGAAAGGGUAAGUGCAGCCCUAGCUACUACAGCAGCGGAUUUGUAUUUACAAUACGCGAAUUAAUAUGUUAAUACGUAGGUUAUAUUUUAUGUGAUACCUAACGUACUAUAUAUUCUUUAGAAAACGGACGUUACUUACGAGUUGGUCGAAGAACUCCAGAUGAAAACUAAGGAGUUCUUGCAGCCGAAUCCUACGGCUCGAGCCAAAAUGGCGGCGGUAAAAGGGAUAUCAAAACUCAGCGGCCAGGCCAAAGCGUCCACUUAUCCGCAAGCCGAAGGAACCCUCGGUGACUGUCUGCUUAUGUACGGUAAAAAGCUUGGCGACGACAGCCUGUUCGGGCAGGCACUCCAGGAGAUGGGAGAAGCUCUUAAACAAAUGGCUGAUGUAAAAUACGCACUAGACGACAACACUAAACAAAACUUUCUUGAACCUUUGCAUCAUUUGCAAACCAAAGAUUUGAAAGAAGUCAUGGUAUUAAAAAAAAAACUUCAUACAAUUAUCUUAUAGAAAAUAUGUAAUUUAUUAAAACAAUUUUUUUUUCAUAGCAUCACCGGAAGAAGCUGCAAGGAAGAAGACUAGAUUACGACUGCAAACGUAGAAAACAAGCCAAAGGUUUGGUGUAUUAUUAUUUUUUGUGUAUAAUAAUUUAUUUAAUUGAUAACAAAAACGUUCAAAUUUCGAUUUAGGUUCGCACGUUAGCGACGAGGAAUUGAAACAAGCCGAGGAAAAAUUUGCCGAAUCAUUGCACAGUGCUCAGAUUGGGAUGUUCAACCUGCUCGAUAAUGACGUAUGUUUUAAUAUGACUAAUUAACUAUUUACCGGUUUUCAUAUAGUUAAGACAAUAAUUAAUUUUUGAAAAAAAAAAUUAUACACUUUUACUAUGAUUAUAAUGUUACUUUCAGAUAGAACAAAUAUCUCAGUUAACCACGUUCGCGGAAGGCCUUCUCGAAUAUCAUCAACAGUGUUCUGAAAUUCUGAAAUUAGCAGUAAUGGAAAUCCAAGAAAAGUGCGUUAAGUCGAUUUUUGAUGGUUUAAAAUAAUAUACAUGUACCUAUUUAUCAACAAUUUAUUUACACUGUUUUUUUUCUUGUAGGCGUGAUCAAGCCGCCAGUCGCCCGAAAUUAGAAUUCGUGCCCAAGACAUUGAAUGAUUUACAUCCAGUUGAUGUGAUUGCAGACGAUAUUAACGGUAAAACAAAAAAAAAAUUAUAAUUUUAUUUUUUCCUUGUUGAUAAAAAUAUUUUAAUAAAAUAAUAAAGUAAAUAAAUAUAGUAAUUAAAUGUAUUGAUAUAAAAUGUAUGUAUAAAAAUAAAAUAAAUAAAUGAAUCAUUAUGGAGUAUUAUGAUAAGUGUAUUAAACUCCAUUGAUUCAUUUAUUUAUUUUAUUUUUACACAUAAAUUUUUUUAUUUAUAUAUUUAUUUACUUUGAAAUAUUUUAAUAUAACAAUUAUUAUACUAUUAACUAUACUUAAUUGUACCCAUUGUCGUGCCGCCGAUUUUUAAGUACCUACAUUUUUUAUUAAUAAUAUUCAUUUUAUUAUACCUAAAAUCAGUCACGGUAAGAAAAUGGCAGGACAUCAUAUUUAUCUAUAAUCAAUAUAUUAUUAUAUAAGUAUAUAUAGGUUAGGGGGGUGGGAUUUUGUAUAAUAUACCGUUUUCUAAGUCUGCAGUUCGUUUUGUUAAAAAUUAAAAUAAAAUAUAACGGAUUUUUCAGACGAGUACGAGUUGAUGGAACCACAGCUCGCACACGUCAAAGGUAAAAACCAAACAAUACGAGUAAUACAAACAUUUACAUAUAAUAUAUUUACCUACCGUAUUUAAAUUAAUACAUAUAAUAUUUUGUCGUGCGGUACCUAGUUUGGUUUUAACCUAACACCAUAAUUAUGUAUAUUUUUUUUGUCAAUCAAUAUAAUACUAACACAGAAUACCUACUAAGAUUAUUAGUUUUUAGUGGGUAUACCUAUCCGCCUAUGUAGUUUUGUAUAUUACAUAAAUCCUAAACCUAGUUUAGAUAACCUCUUAGCUAUUAUUAUAUUAACAUAUUAGAUACCAGAGUAUGUUAAUAAUUUUAAUAAUUAUUGCAUUUUUGUUGAUUUUAAAUUAUGUUUAUCUGAAUAAUUUAUUUUUAUUUCGAGCUCGAAUAAAACCCACUCAUCGUAUUUGAUGUAGGUUGUUUAUGGUUAUAAUUAUUUAUACAAUCAAAAUUAUAGUUUUGUAAAUUAAAACUUGUAUUCAAUAAUUAUUUGCUAUAAUUGUUGAAACUCGCAUAGCAUUUUAAUAUUAUCAUUAUUUAUUUAUUUUAUUUUUUUAGAAAAAAACAUUGAUUUAGCUAAGAGAUUCGUCUGUUUAAAUAUUAUCUCCCCGUAUUUUCAGGACGUAUGUCGUCUGUACUUUCAGUUUAUUACCACUAUCCAAUAAAUAUUUUGUAAGUAAAUGUAGUAGGUAUUUUAAAGAGCUCUCUCAUCACCAUUAAACAAAUAUAACUGAUGAUAAUAUCAAUUGAUUACUAGUACCUAUACUACUGUUUAAAUAAUUAUAAAUUAAUGUAUUAUAGAUUUUCUUUUUUUUUAGUUCAGUUAAUUAAAUCAUUUUUAAUAUGUGGACUUAAUAAUUUUUAUAGUAAUCAUUUAACCCUCCAUAACAUAGAUAAUAUGUUAUAAGGUAAUAUUAUUAUCUUUAGGUAGGUAGUUGCUUUCACUUUUAAGGCUUAUGUUAGUAUUACCCUAUAUAUUAUAAGUAAUUACUAAUUAUUAACAAUAUUAUAUUAUCUAAUACAUGUAAAUGCAUAUUAAUAUAACUGGCUUAAUAAUUGAUAAAAUGCUUAAAUGUAAAAACAUUAGGUAGUUCACGAGCUUCGUCCCCGACUCACAACUCAAAGUCUAACACGCUGGAAUUAACGUCUGGAACAAACCAUCAUGAUAACCAUCAGCAUCAACAGCAAUCGCAUCACAACGGUAUACAUAUUGUAGUACCUAAGCAUAUUGUUUUAAAUAUUUGCUAAUUUUAUUACUUAUAAUAAUAGCUGUAAUUGCAUAACGUGAAGCCAUUUGCUUGGUAGAGGUAUAGAUGACUUUUAUAAUAUAGUUUGCUCAAUUAAAUUUUAAUAAUAAAGUCAGGUUAACAGUAAUAAUACAAUAUUCUGUGGGGUAUAACUUAAAAAAAAAAAAACCCCCAUUAAUAUUUACUUAUUUUAUUUAAUGCAUGAGUUAAAUAAAGUCAAUAAAUAAAAUACAUAAAUGGUAAACAGUUUAUUUUUUUCUAUGACUGUGUAUAAUAAAUUUAGUCAGCCUAUAUGAAAUGUUAAAUUUUGUCUCAAAUCCCACGAAUAUAUUUUCGUUUGUUUGUAUUCUCUGUCUAAUUCUGUUUUACGGUCUUUAUAUAUAAAUAAGGGUCUCAGUAUUUAACUUGAAGUAGAUGCACAAUCAGCACCCCUUAGAAUACAUUUUUAUGUUUUUAAAAUUACAUGAUAUUUAAAAAUAGAAAAUGUAAAGUAAACUACAUACAUUAUUUAAUCUUCUUUAAUAACUUUAUUCUUCAAAAAUAUAUGCAUACCUAAUUUUACAAUUUUCAUGAAUAUCACCAAUUCUUGGUAAAAUAAUAUACAUUUAAAUACAAAAUUAUUAUACUUUGUAACCAUAUUUUUUUUUACUUAUUAAGAAAAGCAUAUUUUUUCUUUAGAUAAACAAUAAAAAAAAUAUUUUACAUUAUUUUUUCAAAAAUUGUUUUCUCACUUUUUCUUCUGAAAACCAAUAGAUUAUUUUGUUGUAUGAUUGUAUAAACCAAUUUCUAUAGAAAUCAUUGAUAAACUAGAUAAUUGUUCCUGUGAUAUUAUACUAUAGAAAUAAUUUGUAACUAACUUUAAUUUUGAGAAUUUUAAAUGCUUAAUGCCUUAAUAUGUGUAAAAUUAGUAUUUUGUAUUAGUUUUUCAUAUCUAUUUAGCUAAAGUAUUUAUAUGUUGGGUUCUAUCAUUAGAUACCCUCCCUCUCAUGCCACUCAAAUGAAGAAAAAAAAAAUUAAAUUCAUCUCAUUUACUUAUUAUGCUGAAUAUGUAUAAUAAAUAUUCAAUAAUAAAAAAAAAAGUAAUAAAUUAUAGAUACAUGUUUACAGACAAUUAUUUUUAAAAGAUUAAUAAUACUUGAUUGUAUUGUUAUAAUUUAUUUGGUACUAAAGUUGUGUACAAUGUUAUCUUCAAGUCUGAAAACUAGCCAAUUUUUUUCAAAAUCAAACUAAAAUGAGUUAUAUAAGUAAUUGUUCUAGGUCAGUAUAAAUAUGGGGCCUAUUCUAAGUUACAUGCUAAGUACAAAAUAUGUGAAUAUUUUUUUUCAUUAUAUUUCAUUUAUUUUGGGGGGGGAGGGAGUGUCUAAUACUAUGAAUAGUGGAAAUGUAUAGUGGAAAUUAGUAAAAUAAAAUAAAUUAUGUGCUUAUAACUAUGUAAUAAAUUGCGUGUGUUGGGUAUUAUAGGUUACAACCUAUAAUACUGCUUCAACUACUUAUCUUUCAAAUAAUAUAAUACUUUAGUCGGCAUUGAUAAUGUAACAUUAUGUAUAUAGCUAUUUUUAUUUUAAAAAAAAAUUCACGGCUUUGUAUCAAUAAUGGUUAUUAUUUUUUUGUCUAUAAGCAUCGCCAGUUUCCUCUCCGAUUAAAUCGGUUCAACGGCAAAUACCACGCAAUUCACCAUGUUGUACCGCAUUGUACGAUUUCGAGGCUGAAAAUCCUGGUGAAUUAGGAUUUAAGGUAUAUAUAUAUAUAUAUAUAUAUUUGUUUUACUAUUAUUAUUGUACCUAAGGCAGUUGAGAUCAUCCAGCUAAACAUAUCCUCUUCCAUCUAUCUUCAUUUUUCUAUUGCCUACCAUUAUCCAGAAUUUUCAUAUUCCAAUUCUGAGAAAUUUGUGAAUUCCUUAUUAACUUAAUCUCCCCUAUGAAAUCUUUGUCUUAUUCCUUUUGGUGUUUUACAAUUUUUGUUUAUUGAGUCUUGUUUCCUGCUCAUUUUAGCUUCUUUAUCUUUAUCUUACUCACAAUAUCUAGUUGUUUAAACAGCUCCUCAAAUUUCUCAUUAUGUCUUUUCCUCCAUUCCUGUAUGUGCUGAUCAUUCCAUGAUAGAUGGUUAGAUCUAUGUUAAUAUCUUCCUUUAAAAAUACAUAGUAAAUUCAACUGUUUUCCCCAAUGAUUAGCAUUGUGCUCCAUGCAUGACUAUUGGACAAAUAAUUGUUAUACAUAAUUAUUAUACUUUAUUGCAUUUGGAAAGGACCCUUGAGCUUAAUAGCUUAGGAAAGGUUGUAUCCAUUUGUAUUCGUUGUAUAAUUUCUACUUGGCCACUUGGACAUCAUUUGUGUAAUUACUGUGCUGAGAUAUCUAGACUGAGUGUCACUCUCUUGAUUUUGUAUUAACUUACAUAUUUGGUGUUUGUCAGCUUUGUAUUGUCUUCAUUCUCACAUUCUAGAUACUUUUAUAUUCUCAUCUUCUUCGUCUCUCUAUCCAUCACCAUUAAUCUACUAAUUUACUUAAAGUAGAUAAAGUAGAUUAUUAUAAUGACCUCAAGCCACUUUUUCUUUGAUUUUCUUUCCGCAACUUUCUUUUCCUGUUUUACAUUCACUUGGCUCAGUUUUAGAUUCUGAGCGGAGCAAGGAAUGUAUUGGUUUUACAAUGUUGUUUAAUUUUAUUUUUUCGGUGGACGACUUUUCUAUUAGCAAUUUUGUUCCUAUUUUUAAUGAUAGCACUUCUUCUAUAAGGAAAUUUGACCUGGGUGGUAUUUAGAGUAGAUAAUUUUUAGAUUUUCCCAGCACUUUUCAUAAUAAAUGGGAAAAUGUACGAAUUUUCAAAUCGUAAAUAUUAUAGCCUUUCAAAACAUGUAUAACCGAACACCACUCAUAAUCGUUUUUCGUUAACAAAGAUUAUCAUUUACGUACAGAUACAUUAAAUUCCUCUCUAUAUCCUACUUUCCUAACUUCUCACAUAUAACACCCAUCGUGUGAAGUAUCUUUUUAUUCUUAUAAUAACAUUUGUUUUUUUUAAAUCACACAUCACCUAUAUCGCUUUCCACCAUUGUACAUCAAUUAUAAAUACAUAUAUAUUUAUGAACGAUUCUCUGCAUUAUAAUUCCAAACAGCUGAACUCUAAAUAUUCCAUGUCGGUAUUAAUUUGUUCUGUGUAUUCUAAUUUUAUUUGUUUAUGUAUUUCAGGAGGGAGAGACGAUAAUACUAUUGAACAGGGUCGACGAGAACUGGUUCGAAGGCAGCACCAACGGCCGUACCGGAUAUUUCCCGGUCACAUACGUACAAGUCGUCGUACCGUUACCGUAAACGCGCACAGUCUUUCCUCCCAUCGUUACCAUCAACCCCUCAUAACUUCACUCCGAAAAUUGAAUAUAAUCAUAAUACAACAACGACAAUAUCACUGUCGUCAACGAUGCAGUCAUCGCCGCGCAACUGCAUUUUUACAAAUUUCAUAAAAAAAAUAUAUAGAAACGCUUUGGAAAAAAAAAAAAAAAACAAUAAAGGAAAACAUUAUUUCAAGUAUUACACAUACACUACCUCAGUGGCCCGCGCGUUUAACCGAAAAAUUCCAUUCGAUUCAUUGUUUUGUGUAGGUGUGUACUUAUUAUUCUAUUAAUUAAUAAUUACUACCACUUCUAUAACUAUUACUAUUUACUACUAUUAUUACUAUUAUUAUUAUUAUUAUUAUUAUUAUUAUUAUUAUUAUUAUUAUUAUAUAAUAUUUAAACCUAUUGUUGUUAUUAUUGUAUUAAUUGCGAUAAUAUUAUGCAUUGGCCGUUAGACCGACGGCUACGUUAAGUGUGUGUUUGUGUGUAUGUACCGCGUCAGGAUCGCGUAUAGUAUCUUUUAUCGUAGUUGAACAUGUUUGUUUUCUUUCGAUCACUCUCGGUAGUUUUCGUCCCCGAAUCUUAAGUCUUUUUUUUACGUAUAACGUUUAUUAUUAUAAUACAAUAAGCAAUAAUAUUAUUGAAUCUUCUAUUCUAUAUGUAUUACAAUAUUAUCCGCUUUUAUUAUAUCUUUAUACCUCAUUAACGCGUGUCCGAUGAUUGAGUUAUAAUAAUAUACUCUGUGUGUGUGUGUGUGUAUCGUAAGUGUUAGUUCAAAGUUUUCAUAAGCUCAACUUUGUGUUUUUUCCUCCCAAGUGGAUUUAGCCCCCCUCAAAACAAAUCUAACCACCCGUUCAUCUAGAAAUUUCAUUGAUAAUCCGGUAAUUUAUUAUUACUAUUAUUGUUCUCCAUUCGCUGUUUAUAUUAUUAUUAAAAUAUUAAUCGUUUAUAACUUGAAUAAUUAAUAAUCUUUCUUAUAACUUCGCUUGUUACCAUUUGCUAAACGAAAAAAUGUUUGUAUAUACGUUUUCUGAUAAACAUAGACAAUAAAUAUUAUGUUAAUAACUUAUUCAAGUGAAUUAAACAAACAAUAAAUAAAUACAUGUUAAAAACCGAUAAUAAUGUUUUUUUAAUAUAUUAUAUAAAUAUGUUAUCGUAUUAUAAAUUAUAAUAAUGAGUGUGUACUUGUAGUUUAAACCAUAUAUACAAUUAUGGACAUCAAAUUUAAUAUUUUACCUAAACCAUACCUACCCAAAAUAUGUUUUAUUCUCAACAAAUACCUAAUAAGGUAUAUAAAUAUAUCAUUAAAAAUUAUACCUAUUUCAAAAGUAUACCUAUUAUUAUUAUAGUUUUUCUUGGAAUAAUAGUACUUGCAUACCUAUUUAUUAAUGUAGGUAAUAUAUAGAAAUUAUUGUUACUUCUUAAAAAAAAUUCUUUAUCACUGUAAGUUAUACAUUUAUUAAAUUGAGUGUUUUGUUGUAAGUAUUGGAAUUAUUUAUAGUCAUGUUAUUGUAAACCU